AAAGGAUAAUUAUUAAUUAAUUGAUUAAUAUACUAUAAAUAUAAGCUCCUAGUCUAAGAUUCCAUUUCAUUCUAUCCAGCAGCAACGAUGAAAAUGGCUCCAACAAUUCUGCCCCUGGUCACCUUAUUUUUAGCUUUCUCUGUUUCUUAUCUAUCGAUCGGUGAUGCGGAAACAGAUGAGAAGCUUAAUGGACUCAAGCUUAAUUCUCAUAUUCUUCAGGAGUCAAUUGCAAAACAGAUUAACGAAAACCCAGAGGCAGGAUGGGAGGCUGCUAUUAAUCCUCGUUUCUCCAACUUUACGGUUGGACAAUUUAAGCGCCUUCUUGGAGUCAAACAAGCACCUAAAAAAGAACUGUUAAGUACACCUGUUGUAACUCAUCCAAAAUCAUUAAAAUUGCCAAAGGAAUUUGAUGCAAGGACAGCUUGGUCACAGUGUAGCACUAUUGGAAAAAUUUUAGAUCAGGGUCACUGUGGUUCUUGUUGGGCAUUUGGUGCUGUUGAAUCAUUACAAGAUCGUUUUUGCAUUCAUUUUGACAUGAAUAUAUCCCUCUCUGUUAACGACCUUCUUGCAUGCUGUGGAUUUCUUUGUGGGGCUGGCUGUGAUGGGGGGACUCCCAUUUAUGCAUGGCGGUACUUAGCUCACCAUGGUGUUGUCACUGAAGAGUGUGACCCAUACUUUGAUCAAAUUGGAUGUUCUCACCCUGGUUGUGAGCCAGCAUAUCAAACUCCCAAGUGCGUUAGGAAGUGUGUAAAGGGAAACCAGAUUUGGAAGAGGUCAAAGCACUAUAGUGUCAAAGCAUAUAGGGUCAAGUCUGAUCCCCAAGAUAUAAUGGCAGAAGUUUAUAAGAAUGGGCCUGUUGAAGUUGCAUUCACUGUUUUUGAGGAUUUCGCUCACUACAAAUCAGGAGUUUACAAACAUAUCACUGGUUCUGCACUAGGCGGUCAUGCAGUAAAGUUGAUUGGGUGGGGAACAAGUGAUGAAGGGGAGGACUAUUGGCUUCUUGCAAAUCAGUGGAAUACAAAUUGGGGAGAUGAUGGCUACUUCAAGAUUAAGAGAGGGACAAACGAAUGUGGAAUUGAAGAUGAUGUUACCGCGGGUUUACCUUCUACCAAAAAUAUUGUAAGAGAGGUGACUGACAUGGAUGUUGAUGCUGGUGUUUCAUUCUGAAUGUGAAUGUAGUAAUGUUACCUUAACAGAAAGAUUUGUGUUGGUAUUGAAAAAUCUGCACCAAAUGUUGUCUGUUAUCUGUAUGUCUCUUUUAAGGGAAGAUCUAGAUUACGACUAUGAUGUUGGAAGACAGUAAGCUUUUGUGGUUUAUGCAAUGAGUUCUGUCACACGAAAUAAGAGGCUAACUGUCAUACUUAUACUAGUUUGUUAAUAUUUAUUUAUUUCUUUCUCGUA